AGGAAUUACUUUAUUACUCCCUCCGUUCACUUUUAUAAGUCGUUUUAGAUAACUGAAAGUAAGCUAAUUUGCACCUUGUCUGAAAUGUCUUCAAAGCCUUAUAAAAGUAAACAGAGGGAGUAAUUAAUUGGAGGCAUGUAGCUAACAGAGCAGGCCAUAAAUCUGAAAGAUUAGAAAGUUGAAAGUAUAGCUAAUUAGAUGCAAACAUAAAUUCUUUGUAUAGCUAACAGAGCAUGCACCGCCCACCCAUAUUCCACUAUUUAUUUUUUAGAGAUUGAGGAAUAACUCUUAUAUAUCCCUCAAACAUAAAGAGAAAAAUUAGAGGGUGGAGACAUCUUGCAAACACAAGUUCUCUGUGCAUGCACGCCACUAGCUCACACAUAAAGAAUGACAAGCACUUGGUGAGUUGUGAGAGCUAGCACUCAUCUCCCCUCCCUCCCCGUAGCUUUGCCAUUCCCUCCUUGUCACUUUGCUCAAAGGCUAUCUCCAUUCUCCAAUUCUCCACCACGUACGUACAGCGACAGUAAUGGGGGGCUCGACGAACGUGAAGGAAUGGUGGCCUGCCAUCUUCAUGUUGUUGAUCCAAAUUUUCACGACAGGGUUAAUGUUGCUCACAAAGGUGGUGGUGGACAGUGGGUCACUUGCUUGGACCUUGCUCACGUACCGCUUCUUCCUUGGCGCCAUCUUGGCCAUCCCCUUGGCGAUGUUCUUUGAGAAAGGGAAGUUGAAGGAGCUUACACUGAAGGCGUUCAUAUGGAUUUUCACCAGUGCACUUGUGGGAUUCACAAUUCCUGGUUUCGCCUACAUUGGCCUCGGAGACACAUCGCCAGGAUACGCGGUAAACUUCUAUAACAUCAUACCGAUUGCCGCCUUCAUCCUCGCGGUUCUUUUCAGGAAGGAGCCACUGGACAUGAGGAGCCUGGUGGGGAACAUCAAGGUCGUCGGAACCCUAGUCUGCGUUGGAGGAACGCUGGUGAUCAGCCUGUACAAGGGCAAGGUGCUGCACCUUUGGCCCACAAAUAUCAUUGGCUACCACCCGAAGCAAGCCGGAGCUGCUUUUGGUCACCACCAUGUGCGUGGAACCAUCUUGCUCAUCACCAGCAGCCUCAGCCUCGCCGUCUGGUACACAGUACAGGCUCAGAUGCUAAAAGUGUUCCCAUAUAAGUACUGGUCCACUGUCGCUACAUGCUUCGUGGGGAGCAUCCAAACGGCUGUCGUGGGGGUUGCGAUGAACAGAGAGAAGGCAACAUGGGCGCUCAAAUGGAACAUGAGCUUGCUCACCAUUGUGUACUCGGCAAUACUCAACACUGCUGCCAAAUUUGUGAUGAUUUCGUGGGUCGUCACGCAGCGUGGGCCAACCUAUCCGGCCAUGUUUUGCGCCGUGACGGUGUUCUUCACUACUAUUCUCGACUCGUUGCUUCUCGGCAAUGAUCUGUCCGUUGGGAGUGUUCUAGGCAUGUUCAUGAUUCUAGCUGGGCUCUAUCUUUUCCUUUGGGGAAAGAGAAAAGAAUCGGUACCUCCGAGUGAAGAAAAUCCAAAGGAACAAAUGUUGUUUCAGAGUGGAGACAAGAAUGAUAAAUCAGUAGCUAAUGUAUGAUUAUUUCAUUUGGCAAUAUUACAAAAGGGACUAUUCAGAAGUUUGUGUAUUACGAAAAACAGAGGAAAAAGGUCAAUAUUGUUUGUGAUGUCCUCAA